AUCAAAGGAGUAGUAAAACCAAACCAAACCAAACCAAACCAAAACGAAAAAGAAAUACUCCUCCAUACUUAACAAGAACAACCACAUUUGCCCAAUUCCUCUCUCUCUCUCUCUCUCUCUCUCAACAAACCCCUUGCAGAACAGAAGAAAUUGCAACAUUCUACAAUAUCGAGAUAUCGAUCGAUCGAGGCACCUGUGGAUCGGGCUUGGACAAUGCUUAGAUCCCUACUGUCCGCGAUCUGUUAAAGUUUCUCAUCCUUCUCGUGAACCCUCUGACCUCAUCGCCAAGUUAUAGAUUUCACGUUUGAGUUGAGGAGGUGCAUCUGAAGAAGAUCUGUUUCAUUCUCUGGUUCUAAGUAGAUGAUGGCUUCAUUAACUGUAGUGCCUGAACCUGGGUUAAGGGAACCUAGUGGAAAUACUUUUGGUGUUGAUAGGCUACCUGAUGAGAUGAACGACAUGAAAAUCAGGGAUGACAAGGAGAUGGAAGCAGCCAUCGUUGAUGGUAAUGGAACGGAGGCGGGUCACAUCAUUGUCACAACAAUUGGUGGCAGAAAUGGCCAGCCAAAGCAGACUAUCAGCUAUAUGGCUGAGCGUGUCGUUGGAAAUGGAUCAUUUGGCGUAGUUUUCCAGGCUAAAUGCUUGGAGACUGGUGAAACUGUUGCAAUAAAAAAGGUUCUCCAAGACAAGAGGUACAAGAACCGGGAGCUGCAAACCAUGCGUCUGCUAGACCACCCAAAUGUUGUUGCUUUAAAACACUGUUUCUUCUCGACGACUGAAAAGGAUGAACUCUAUCUUAACCUGGUACUGGAGUAUGUCCCUGAGACUGUUCAUCGAGUAAUUAAACACUACAAUAAGAUGAAUCAAAGGAUGCCGAUGAUUUACGUGAAACUAUACACCUACCAGAUUUUUAGGGCACUCGCGUACAUUCAUGGUGCUAUUGGAGUGUGCCACAGGGACAUCAAACCUCAAAAUCUACUGGUUAACCCACAUACCCACCAAGUGAAGUUAUGUGACUUCGGAAGUGCUAAAGUUUUGGUAAGAGGAGAGCCAAACAUAUCUUACAUUUGCUCAAGAUACUAUCGAGCACCUGAACUUAUAUUUGGUGCGACAGAGUAUACCACGGCCAUAGAUAUUUGGUCUGCUGGUUGUGUCAUGGCCGAAUUGCUUCUAGGACAGCCUCUUUUUCCUGGUGAGAGUGGAGUCGACCAGCUUGUGGAAAUUAUAAAGGUUUUAGGGACCCCAACCCGGGAAGAAAUUAAGUGCAUGAACCCCAACUAUACGGAGUUUAAAUUUCCACAAAUCAAAGCUCACCCGUGGCACAAGAUAUUCCACAAACGCAUGCCCCCAGAAGCUGUGGACCUCGUAUCAAGGCUCCUGCAGUACUCCCCUACUCUUCGAAGCUCAGCUCUGGAGGUAUUGAUCCAUCCCUUUUUUGAUGAGCUACGUGACCCGAACACCCGCCUUCCAAAUGGACGUUUUCUUCCCCCCCUAUUCAACUUUAAGUCUCAUGAGCUCAAGGGGGUGCCAAUGGAGAUGAUGGUGAGGUUGAUUCCUGAGCAUGCAAGAAAGCAAUGUGCCUUCCUUGGGUUGUGAUGUGAUUCUUUGUAGGAGUGUUCUGUAACUUGCUGAAUGCGCUCCGUUUCCCUUAGAAAGCGAGCUAGUUGUCCUGUUUAAGAAUUUGGCGAAUGUUGAUUAUUUUUUCCUUUACUUGAUUUGUUCUUUUUUACCUUUUCUGUUGUCAUCUUCUUUGUUUGUAGAAGCUCAAAAAUUAUUCUGGUUAAUAUGCUCCCAGAGCUGUAACGUGUGCGUGUUGACUUAACUCUAAAUUAAGACAGUUGUAACCUUUGAAUGAAAGUGAAGUGUUCCAAUUUCACAA